CCAUCUGCCUCUGACAGCUGAUAGAUAAACAUUCGUCGUCGUCAACACACGAAUACUUGUGGCUAAUUUUGUUGUGUUUAAAGUGAGAAAAAUGUCCACACCGCAAUGGGAACUUGUGACCAAGAACAAAAAGGAUAAAGUCGUCAAUGGGACUUACAAGAAACUCUCGAAAACGGAGAAAAAGAAAUUCGUUGAGAAUGCUCCGAAAGUGGAAGACUUGCUUCCAUUGUCUCAGGUGAAAACUCUUUAUUCCGAGUUCUCAGAUAUCAAGAAACCUAAUGCUGAUUUGAAAUCAAAAUCCAAAGAAAAUGAUGCAAAGAAGCAACAACAGAAGAAGGCUCAACAACAGCAGCAGCCAAAGGGUGGUGAAAAAUCCAAAGAAAAGGAAAAGGAUAACAAGGAAAGCAAACCCAAGACUCUGGAUGCAGCACUGAACAGGGUCAAUGUUACUGAAUUCCAAGCAAUGGUCACCUCUGUUCAAGCCAAGUUCGAUCGCACCCCAUUGUUAUGGUUGAGAACCAUUGACAAUUAUUUGGAUUCAAUUAUUAAUGUUGAAAUAAGUGAUCCAACCUUCUCUUCAAAGAACCAUGAGUAUCCUCUGUGUCUGAUGCCAUCAGCGCUUCGUUCGGCUUUACAGGAGGCUUUAGGUCUGGCUGGUGAGAGUAACUUGCAAACCUAUUUUGAGAUACUUUUGACAAAUCUCGCCCAAGAAAUGACCAAAGGAUCACAUGCUGUCGGAACACGAUUAUUAUUGCAGUUCAUUGCCACAUCCUACCCCAAAAUAGCUGUAGAGGCUGUACCAAAGUGUUUAAGCCUUCAAAAUUCGUACAAAAAUAGGAAACCUAUUUGGCUAUCUAUCUUGUGGGCUAUGGGCCAGGCUGGAUUUAGAGAUCUGUCGGUUGGCUUAAAAGUUUGGCAAGAGGUAAUGCUCCCGGUGCUAGAACUGAGAAAUUAUUCCCAAUUUGUUUUGGAAUACUUAACACGGCUUCUUGGAAGACAUGCUGCAGGUCCAGCUCUUAGUGUUAAUGAGUAUCUCACUGCCUUAGACGCUAUUUUAAGACCAAAUGCACCUGUGUCAAAUCAAGUGACUGAUGCGCUGUAUCGCCAAUCCCGAGUAUUACGAAAAAUUGCUGUUAAUGCCACUCCAGAUGCUAAACUGAAUCUUUUCUUUAAACCUCUCAUGGAAAGAUUGUCUCUUGCUGAUACUGAUGCUUACAAGCAGGAGAUUUUGGAAUUCUUAUUCCUUUGUGUUUGUGAGGAUGAGCAGAGUUUUUCUACCUGGAAGCAGUUAUACUCAACACACAUUUUGGAGAGUGCUGCACUUCUUCAGCAUAUUGAGAGUAAAUGGAAUGCGUCAAAGGCUAAACUGGCUAAGAAGUCCUUCAAGGUAUUCAUAGACUUCACUGUCAAGACAAACGCCUCACUACAAGACUCGAAGCCCAAGAUUAGAGGUCUAGAAGACUGCCGCAAAAUCUGCCAGUCAAUCUCUGCUAAAAUGGCUGUCAAGAAGAGUUCGUACCUUUCCCUUAUCACUUUCUUAGUAUUGUUGAUGGUGGGUGGCGCUGUCUUGUAUGACGUUAAACUUCAUGGUAGUUUUAAAGCAUCCUCCACCGGUCGAGUUCUUGAAGACAUUGGUGCAUUGCACUAUGGAAACAUUGCUUUAGAACAAGCCAAAAUCUACACACAGAAAGGAGUAGUGUGGACACGGGAAAAUGCCCCCAUCUACUAUGCUACUGCUGUUGAUGUUUCCAAGCCUUAUCUUGAGUUACUUCGUGACUUAGGUUACAUUGGUUACAAUGGUCUUGUCAAAGUUCUGAUUAAAUUCGAUGGUUGGUGUUCUACAACAGCUCCUGAAUUCACCAGUCAAGUGAAAGAGUAUGCUGCCAUUGCUGGAGAUACCACCAAACAAUAUGCUAUUGACUUUGCCCACUACACCAAAGUUGGAUUUGUGUCUGCUCAGGAUUAUGCUGCCAAAAAUAUCUUCAUUGGAAAAUGGUCUCCUGAGAAUCUUCAGAAGAUGACCCAUGAGGCUGUCAACGUCACCCAACAGUACGUGCUGUCAACAUAUGAGUGGAUUGUGCAGCAAGUAGAAUCUGGGAACAAAGUGCGCUGAACAAACUUUCCGUUUUAUACAUUAUUUUUUUUAACAAGUCAUUCAAGUAUCAUGUGUCUGUGUUCAUGUCCCCUUCUUAAAAAUUUUAAUCUCAAGAGGAGAGCUCAAAUCAUUGUUUGCCCAUUUAAAAACGUUCUCAUUCCUUUCUUGUCUUGCAUGUUGGUGUUUUAUGUGAAAUUGAUACUUAGACUGAUCAUUUUGUGUGGAGUGUCAAGCACUUUAGUUAGUCCUAAAGGUGUCUAAACUGGAAAAAUCAAUUACCUUUUUCUUUCUCUUGAUUGUUAAUUUUGAAAGAACUGAGAGUAGUUGUAUAAUUUUUGUGUUGUAUAAAAUUUUUAUUUGUUAGUUGUAAUGUUGUUGUGUUGGGUAACCGUGUUAGUUUUACUGUUAUUGGGUAAUUAUGACAUUCUGAAAAUUGGAGCAUUCCCUGUAAUUUAUGGAAAUUGAUUCCCAGCUGUUAGUCAUUCCUUCUAACUGUGAAAAUUCAGACAGACUGAUCAGGAGUUUGCGCCAUGAACUUCUAUCAACUUUUAUUAAUCUCUAUUAUUAAAUUAUAUUUGUGAGCGUGGCUUAUUUAUCUCUUCAUAGUGUCGUUGAUUCUUUUUAGAUGUACAAUGAAGCUUUUGAUCAAUUUUCUUGUAAAUAGUUGUACAUUGCAUAUUGCACCUUUUUGCAAGGUUUGUUUUAAUUACUUCUGACGUGGUCUGUUGUAUGUUGAUAAAUUCUCAGUAUUGAACCCCUUAUUUGCUGUAAGAUGAAACAUUUCAGUGGUAGAAUGUGCAGGCAGGAUCUGUUUGCUUAAUAAACAAGAGUAAGAUCAUUUAUCAUA